CGCGCUUCCCUCACUCACCGACGCCGCCCGAGUGAGGUUCCCCCCCUGGAUCCGGACGGUCGUGUGCGCGGUCCUGUCCUGUCCUUUCCUUUCCUUCAAACAGAAAUGUCUGUGAACCUGAGCAAGAACGGCCCUGCCCUCACCGCCGCAUAUAAAGAGGUGGUGGACGAGAAAUCCGACACUAACUGGGCCUUGUUUACUUAUGAGGGAAACAGCAAUGAUAUCCGCUUGGCUGAGAAAGGAGAUGGUGGAUUGGAGGAGCUGGUUGAGGAGCUGAACAGCGGGAAGGUGAUGUACGCUUUCUGCCGAGUCCAAGACCCCAACUCAGGCCUCCCCAAAUACGUCCUCAUCAACUGGACUGGCGAGGGGGUGAAAGAUGCUAGGAAAGGACUUUGUGCCAACCAUGUUAGCUCAAUGGCAAACUUUCUAAAGGGAGCACAUGUGACCAUAAACGCUCGAGCAGAGGAGGAUGUGGAGCCUGAGAGCAUCAUGCAGAAAGUGGCCAAAGCUUCAGGAGCCAACUACAGCUUCCACAAAGAGUCCAACCGCUUCAAAGACUCAGGGCCUCAAGGACCUGUGGGCUCCGUAUAUCAGAAGACCAACGCCAUGUCUGAAAUCAAAAGGACCAAUAAAGACACGUUCUGGGCUCAGGCUGAGAAAGACGAGGAGAAAAGGCGUCAGGAGGAGAAGAAAAAGGCAGAUGAGGAAAAGCAGAAGCUGGAGAAAGAGAGAAAGGAUCGAGAGGCUAAAGAAACUGCGGUGAGGGACAAAGUGGCCAAAGAGAGAGCCUCGCAGAUUGACGAGCAGAAGAGGUACCAGCAGCAGCUCGAGACAGAGAGUCAGAGUCGGAGGAAACAGGAGGAGGAGGAGGCAGCAGCACCACCCAAAAGCUUUAAGCGUGGAGAGUCUGUGGAGAAAGCCAAUGAGGCUGCGUCUCUCAUCUCCCAGCGCUCUGUUAACCCCAGAGAAAUGUUCCAGCAAAGAGAGCGAGGCAUCGGCCCCAGCAGCCCAGACAACACCCCAUCCAGCCCACAGCCAGGGCGGUUGAAAAGCCCUUUUCUGUCUAAGCAGCCUUGCGAGCCUGAGCCGUUUCGGUCUCCUGUUCGCCGAGUCUCACCUGUAGCAGCUGCAGAGCCCAAAGUUGAGGAGUGUCCCACAUCUGAUUAUGAGGAACCAGAGGGAGCAGCUGAUGCAGAGUAUGAAGAUGUGCAGCCGGUCAGUGAUCAGUAUAACUCUCAUGUGGAGCAGCAGCCAGAGUACGAGACAGUAGCGGAGCCAGAGAAUGUUUAUGAGGAGCCGCCUCAGGUGGAGCAGCAGAACACAUACGAGGACGCUGGAGAUCGCGGCGUCUGUGCUCGAGCACUUUAUGAUUACCAGGCUGCUGAUGACACGGAGAUCUCUUUCGACCCAGACGAUAUCAUCACUGGCAUCGAGAUGAUCGAUGAAGGCUGGUGGCGAGGUUACGCUCCCGAUGGUCACUUUGGAAUGUUUCCAGCCAAUUACGUCGAGCUCGUCUAACCGCAGCAGAUCCCUCAAACAUAUCUGGGCAACAACGACUUGCUCCGCCCAGAUCAGUGAUUCUAGUGUGGGGGGGGGGAAUGGGUCCAUUACAGUUGAUUGGAAAGACUGAAACUAAAAUUAUGGACCAAUGAAUGAUCGAGAACUGAGGAGACCAGAUUGGGGGGAGGCAUUUUGACCCUCAGUGAAAGAUAUUCCACAAGUUAAUGUUCUAAUGUUUUUUUUUUUUUCUUUCUUUCUUCAUUUCGUCAAGUUGAGUCAUCAGAGAUUAAUCACCAAAGCAUCCCACACAGAGAGAAAGGCUAGAGAUAUACUUACUGUUAACUAUGCAUUUGCGUAUGCAUGAUUGCUGAGCUGUGUCUCUUGCGUGCAGUUGGUGCAAUGGUUGUGCACGUCCUUAAAAAUUUACGCAACACAUUUCUGCUACUGUGAGCUGAUUGGUUGGUGAGCUGAUGCUGGUGUUGUAGCAAAGGCGUACGCUUAAAAGGCUUAUAACUGCACUUUAAAUAUAAUGUGCAUAGUGCUGAAACAUUUAAUAUUGUUCUCUUGGUUUUUUAAUUUUUAUUGUAUGAAAGUAAUCAAACAUUCAUAAACUAUGAUUUUGCUCAGUUGCUCAAUUCAGGCUUUUAGUGAAAACCUCCAAUAACACACACAGCACAUUCCGUAUUUUUCACACAAUAAGGCACACUGAAUUAUAAGCUCAACUGGAUUUUAAGGCGCAUUAUGCGACACUAGUAAGGAACAGGGGUGUCGAUCUACACAGAUCUAUUCAGAUUUCUCUCCUGAAAACUGUUUAUUUGGGUGAGUAAAGCGCUUCAGUUUAUUUAAAGUAAGCUUAGAUUUCCAAAUUUCCACUAAGGCUAGCUGCGGUUAACAGAUAAUGCCUACACUAAGGAACCCUGAGUUCCUGUUCUGGUAAGCCAGGGUGAUAUUAGCUAGCGAUUUUUCACACGUAGCUGGUUUUAAUAUGGUAAAUGCGUAGGCUACCGGCUGAUAAUUCUCACCUCUGAAAGGUGAAAGGGCUAGUGCUUCAGUUAGUGGCUAAUGCUGCUUCUGCAGUGCUAGCUGGGGUCGCUGCUGGCUACAGGCCGAUAAUACUCAACUCUGAAUGGUGAAAAAGCUAACUAGCUUAGUGCACUUAGCGGCUAAUGCUAAUACUGCUCUUGUCUCUGUGCUGGAGAAACUGAAACUCCUUUAUAAUGGUGUACUUCAGCAGCGUGGCUUUAAAUUCAUACAUAAGACACACCGAAUUAUAAGACGCACUUACCAUUUUUAAGAAAUUCAAAGAUUUUAAGUGUGCCUUAUAAUGCAAAAAAUUCAGUAUACAGGCAAGUACUGUAGUGUAUGUGCUGUCUGUGCAAAUGCACGGCCGAACAGCAAGUAUAUCUCUAGCCUUAAGAUACUGAUCUCCAAUUCUCAACAAUCCCGGAAACGUUUUUAUGUGUGUAAAAGUGUCUUGUCUUGUCUUUUAUCAUGGUCACCUUAAAUAUUCCACUGAGCAGAUUAGCACUUGUGUCUUUUCCUCAAGACUUUUUGCGUUUGCCAAUCGAUCUGGAAGCAUUCCCGUUAAUUUUUGCAGUUUAGAUGUUCAGGUUUUAUUGAUGUAGAGUUCCUAAAAGCAGAUUGAUCAGUUUAAUGGAUUUGAUUGAGUUAAGAGGAUUGUUUGGUGCUGCCACAGCCAACAGAAUGGACAUUUCUGGUCCUGUGUGAGUUUUUUUUUUUUUGCCUUGUUUGUUUUUUGUUUGUUUUGUUUUUUUUAUUAUUUUGUUUUGGCCUUUUCUGCCUCUCCUUUUGAGUCUGAACUGAAUUCCAAGAUUGAUCCAAUCUGCACACGGUUGCUUUGCUGUGCUCUGAAUGAGCUGGAUUUGAAUUAUUCUAAUUUGGGUGCAUCGUUCUUGGGCAGGAAAGUGUAGAAACCAAGGGAACAACAGGAGUAAUCUGUGAUCUUACUGACUUUAGCAUCUCUGAGGACCUCAAACUCGAGAACCUCAGUGCUGUAGCCUUUCUGACGGUUUUAACAACAACAACAAAAAAGAAAACUGUGAUUUUUCUGUUUUUUAUCUUUACGUUUCAGGGAACCAAUGAUUCUGUUAUCUUCUUCUUGCCUUUGGGUCCAAAAUGGAGGCUGCCUGUCCUCAGCAUUGCUUGUUUUAUACAGUCGAUUGUUUGGCUUGUUUGGAUACCAGAUUCUUUUAGACCCUUAUAAAUUAGCCGUAUUUUUGCACAGCUGGGAACAACACACACAUGCGCAGACACUCACAAUAACAAGCUGCCAGGGCUGUGCCAACAGAAAGGGGAAACUGGGUGAAAAGGUAUUAUUUUGUGAAAUGAAAAGCUUAUAUAACUAUACUGUAUGAGGGAGAGGAGGCGGGGAGAGCGAUCAGCAGGAGCACGGUUCCUUAAGCAGAUCAUUGUGAAUAGCUGAUAAUAACAGUGUGUGGAAAAAUUGUAACUUUAAUUAGAAAGAUGAAAUAAAGGAACUUAAAUGAGAA